AUGUGGAUGAAUCAAUUACCAGCUCAAUUCAAUGGAUGUUUACUUCAGUUAGACGAAGGUACUUCAUUAUCAUUUGAAAAUAUCGAUUUUGACACAGUACAGUAUCGAUCAUCAGUGCUGGCUAUUGAAAUUCUUGAAAAAACUCUUCGCUCUUUUACAAACUCAAAUUUAUUUCCGCAAAGACAUGUAACGAAUAGUUAUCUUACAUACACAAAAUUACUUUGUUCGUAUAAUGAUAAAUUUAUUUCUUUUACAAAUUGUCUACCAAUCGACAAUCUCGAACGAAUACCAUUUAACAUUACAACUGAUUUUAAACGCGCUCAAGCUGUUGAUAAUGAUACUAGAACAUGUUGGAAAAUCCAUCGUUCAAUACGAUCAGCAGAUUUAUUUGCUAUUGAUUUUCAGACAAUACAAAUCAAUCGUGCAUUGCCAUUUUCUAUUGGGUAUUUACAUCAGAAACCUAUACAAACAAAAUUACAAAUUUCAAUAUCACUUGACUGUCAAACAUGGAUUGAAUUUGGUCAACAAAAUCAAUCAGGUGUUAUAUAUGAUGAAAAAAAUUUAGUCAUUUGUCACACGGGUUUAUUUCCGACUGGUUUUCAAGUUUUUCGUUUUAUCAAAUUUGUUUCAUUAGAAGGUACCGAAAUAUUCAAAUAG